AUCUCAGCAGUCAGUUGACAAAGCAAAACACGGCAGUAGACCAGAAAGAAAGCGAGAGUGAGGAGACAUGGACAAUCGUCAGGUUGACAGGGUGGGCCUCCUGUCCCCCCUGGAGGAGUCCAGCGCGGAGAUCAGCAGAGACAGCGGCAUCGUCUCCCAGAGUGCGAGCAGUUUGUCCAUGGUGAGCGACAUCCUCAGCAGCGGCACCGUGUCGCAGAGCGCCAGCUUCGGCGCGGCAGCUAACGUUAUCCCCCAAAGCCCGAGCCUCAACGAAGCUGCGGAGCCCGGGACGACGACCGACCAGCAGCACGACCCGGAGCAGGACGACGAAGUCCUGAGACGCACUGCCCUCAGCUACUCCUCCUACAUCAGGGCGACAGCCGGAGAAGAGAUCCUGUGCUUAGAGAAGAGCUUGGAAGAAAUGCUGACGAGAGUAGAUGAAUUUGUAGGAAUGCUGGAUAUGAUCCGUAAUGAUACCUCCCAGAUAGUGAGUGAAAACCUACCUCAAAUCCAGCAGAAGUCUGAUGAAAUGAGACAGAUAUACAAAAGAAUUGAUAAGUUAGAGGCCUUUGUAAAGAUGGUGGGAGCCAAUGUCAGUGCCAUGGAGGAGCAAGUCACACAGGCAGAGGGAGAACUAGGAACGCUACCAGGUGCUUUCAAGAAGAUCCUCCGCACAAUGAGUGUCCCAGGCUUCUUAAAUAAACCGGCCAGCCCAAGAAGACCAGCACCACAUCAGCGUCAGGAGAUCCCCAGCGUGUUCCUGACGGAUGAUUAUUUCACAUCACAGCCAGAACAGUGACACGGUAGAACAUUCAACACAAAACUUGGAUCUAACCUCAGAGGCCUGUUUGAGGGCAACAGGGGUGGGGGGACGGGGGGGGGGGGAGACCGUAGAGACAACUUUUACUGCCAUCCAUUGCAAGAGGAUCUAUCGGUGCAGCGGCCUCAACACAGCAAUAGUAGCCUUUCUGAACAAGUCACUGGAAGCCAAGCGUUUGGAGACGCUCUGCAGUUUUUGAGUGUCAUUUUCCUGACAGCACCAAGCACUGAACUGUAGCAUCAUGAUUUUAAAAGUGCCUAAAUUGGUCUUAUUUCUGUCGGUCUUGUUUUCACUACAGUUGUUAAAUGUGACAAGUCAGGAGGACAAAGUGGUCCCACUGUAAAGAAGGUGCAACAGGAGGAGCUGUAAAGAUCUUAUGUCGAUGAUGUACUACAAGAUGUAUUACACAAAGAAUUAACCCAGCUUUUUUAUAAAUUACAUUCCUGUUAAUGGUGUUUGUAAAAACCUGCACGCUGUUAUGAAUUUGUCUGUAUUUCUAAUAUCUCACCCCACCCCACCCCCCAGCAAUAUUGAUCUCGUCCAGUUAAGCAUUUAAUGUCUUCCAUUUCAAAAUAUUCACAUUAUUGCUAGCCUGACGGAUGACAGUUGCCCACGUUGAUGUUGGUCAGCAUCUUUAAUAGCACCUUUUUAACCAAAAAAAAGCACACUAUUAAUGAGUUGUGUUUGUAGUUUCACAAUUCAGACUCAUGAAUCAAAGUUUGGGCCACCGAUGAAGCUGUGAUUGAGUUUUGUGAUGAUUACUGGACAAAAGUUGGAUCUCGUCCUGGGGAGAAAACCGUAGCUCACAGAUGUGGUGAUGGUGUGGCCCUCUGACCCCCUCCAACAAGUUUUAAUCACUAAUGGCCACAGCUAUGAUUCAUUGUUCACUUAAUUAUUUGCCAAAAUAGUCAGAAAUAAGGAUGUUUUAUUUACAGGCCGAUUUUUGGUUUAUGUUUUUAAAAUAAUCAUUAAAGAUUUAUUUGAGACAAAA